UAAAAAUGAAGCAAACUUGAAAUCAUAUCUUUAACUUAAUACAGAGACCGAGAAUAAAGAUUUUCUGCGUGUAUAAAACACUUCAGAAUGAAAGAAGCUCCCAUGCUCCGUGUUUGUGUUCAGCUGCAGCCGACCAUGUUGGCAGCCUUGACUCUGGCCUCUCUGAGCCUCUUGGUCCGCUCCGACCUUUGCCCCCCAGCCUGCAAAUGUCUCCACAACCUGACCAGCAUCGUGUGUCUGGAGAGAGGACUGGACCAGAUCCCUGAGCUGCCAGAGACCACAGAGCAGCUGUAUGUCUCAUACAACCAGAUACAGGAAAUACCCAGGCAUGGGAUGGAGAAGCUUCAGGUACUGGACCUGACUCGGAAUCAGAUGAAUGUCUUUCUAUCCCUCAACCCAGUUUGGCCGAAUAUGACGAAGCUGUCUAAGCUCCUCCUUUGCAACAACGACCUGACGUUUCUCCACCCUGAUCAGUUCCUACACUGCCCUGCUCUCAGCCUGCUGGACCUCAGCGGGAACAAGAUUGAAUAUCUGCCCGUUGGAUUCCUCCGUGGAUUAAGACAUCUGACGGGGCUGAAUCUGAACUUUAACCAGAUUCAAAUCUUACAGGUUGGUGGAUUGGAAGGAGGCAUCGCGCUCACUGACCUCCACCUGAGCCACAAUAAUAUCACACAAAUAGAAGAAGGUGUGUUCAAGAACUCCACUGUGCUGGAGAAACUUGAUCUGUCCAGAAACAGAAUCACAAGUGUGGGCGAGGCCAGCUUCAGAGGAGCGACAGGUCUCCAACAGCUGGACCUGAGCGGUAACAUGCUGGUGGCGGUACCGGCUGAAGCACUGAGGGACGUUAACAUGCUCAGGUCUCUGCACCUCCAGAUGAACAACAUCUCCAGCCUUCCAGACAGCUGCUUCUCAUCCCUGGGCCUGUUGGUUCAUCUGGACUUGAGCUACAACAAGCUGGCGGCUCUGUCUGAGGGCUCGCUGAGAGGUCUGAGCACACUGUGUGAACUGGACCUUAGCGUCAACCUCAUAGAUUCUCUUCCUUUAAAAGUCUUCAGCGGCCUGAUCGGCCUCGAGGAACUUGAUUUGUACAGAAACAGACUCACAUCUCUUCCCGUGGACGCAUUCAGCAACUUGAAAAAACUAAAAGAACUCCAGCUGGACAGCAAUCAGAUCUCUUCCAUACCAGUCGGGGUGUUUGAUCCGCUGUCCAGACUCAAAGAGCUCCACCUGUCCAAGAACCGCAUCAUGAACCUCCACCAUGCUCUUUUCAACAAGCUCAAGUCUCUCCAGAACCUGUACCUGUACUCCAACGCUCUCAGGCACCUUCCCAAAGGCCUUUUACACAAGAUGAGGUCACUCAAGGAGAUCGACCUCGCUGACAACCACAUCAAGUCUCUACAUCCUUCAAUCUUCAACGGUUUGUUGAGAGUAAAUUCACUGAAGCUCUCUCGUAACCAUCUAAUCUACUACUCGGACCAGUUCAGAGACCUCAUCAGUUUAAAAGAGUUAUUAAUGAAUGAAAACCACUUUGGGAACCUUCCUACAAGUCUGUUCAUGAAUCUAACAAGUCUUAAUACGCUGGAUCUGGAGGAGAACCGUAUCACUGAGCUGUCUCCUGAUGGGUUCGUAGGGCUGAGCCACCUUAAAGAACUCAAGUUGAGCUUCAAUCAGCUCCGUGACAUCCCGUUGAAGACCUUCGAUCCCCUCCACAAGCUCCGCAAGCUUCUGCUGAAGAACAACAGCCUGAGUAGUUUACACCCUCAGCUCUUUACCCGACUUUCCAAGCUAACAGAACUCAACUUGGAUGGAAACAAACUGAAUCAGCUGCAGCCGAAUGGAUUUCAAGGACUUAAAAACCUCCAGAAAUUGAGUUUGAAGUCCAACAAGCUGAGAGUGGUGGAGAAUGGGACUUUUGAGGCUUUAAAAAACCUCAGCGGCGUCUAUCUGUCGGGUAAUUUGUGGGACUGCACCUGUACACAGAUUAUUUACAUCAGCAACUGGGUCAACAUGCACAGAGAGAAACUGGGAGAUCAGCCCGUUUGUUCCUUCUCUCCUUUUUCUUCAGCCUUAUCACCGAAUCCAUCACUUUCUCGGGCAGCUCUGUCUCCCCUCUUGUUGAAAGAUCAUUGUAUUAAAAGUGCUGCAAGACUCUCAUCACUUCCUCUAGAAAUGCUGAAUAUGCUCAUGAUUUCUGUCAUAGCUGUUGGUUUACUGUGACAUCCUUUGAAGUGGUUUUGUGCCCUCUUACAUUUUCUUGCUGCCUUUGCUUUUCAUGUCUGCUCUUAGAUUUAAAGUAGUUCCACCAUAAACUCAAUGUACUGUACAAAAUAAUGUUUAAUUUACAGUAAAAUACUGGCAGCUUUGGUUGUCAGAAUUUCACUGUAAAAAAUACAGUUAAUGGGUUUUUCUACUGCAAAUUUAAAUGUAAUUUAGACUGAGCAGUCCCUUUAUUUUUAGGGUAAUUGUGUCCCUGUGAUAUUAUGCCAUUUCCCCUUUAAUUUCACAUGAAAAAAACUGUUUUCUACAGUUUUAAAGUUUUGUACUUUUCCUUGAUUUACGGUAAUUAAAAGCAUAAACUCCACCAUAAGCUCAAUGUACUGUACACUGUAAAAAAUAAUCUGUUUAAU